GGGAGCUGGGCUACAAGUACAUCAACAUUGAUGACUGCUGGUCUGCCAAGCACCGGGAUGCAGCGGGACGGCUGGCUCCCGAUCCUGAGAGGUUUCCUAGUGGAAUUAAGGCUCUGGCUGACUACGUCCAUGCCCGGGGCCUGAAGCUGGGCAUUUAUGGUGACCUGGGCACCCUCACCUGCGCGGGCUACCCAGGCACAACGCUGGACUGUGUGGAGCAGGAUGCCCAGACCUUUGCAGAGUGGGGUGUGGACAUGCUGAAGCUGGAUGGGUGCUACUCGUCGGCAGAGGAGCAGGCGAAGGGCUACCCAGAAAUGGCGAGGGCCUUGAAUGCCACAGGCCGCCCCAUCGUUUACUCCUGCAGCUGGCCAGCGUAUCAGGGGGGGCUCCCCCCCAAGGUGAACUACACCAUCCUGGCAGAGUUCUGCAACCUGUGGCGUAACUACGGCGACAUCCAGGACUCCUGGGACAGUGUACUUUCCAUCCUGGACUGGUUCUCUGCAAACCAGGACGUGCUGCAGCCGGCAGCUGGCCCUGGCCACUGGAAUGACCCAGACAUGCUCAUCAUUGGAAACUUUGGCCUUAGCUAUGAGCAGUCACGCUCCCAAAUGGCCUUGUGGACAGUGAUGGCAGCUCCGCUCCUCAUGUCCACAGAUCUCCGCACCAUCUCCCCGAGCGCCAAGGAGAUCCUGCAGAACCGCCUGAUGAUCCAGAUCAACCAGGACCCCCUGGGAAUCCAGGGGCGCAGGAUUGUCAAGGAGAAAUCCCACAUCGAGGUGUUCCUGCGGCCGCUGUCCCAGGCUGCCAGCGCCCUCGUCUUCUUCAGCCGGAGGACAGAUAUGCCCUUCCGCUACACCACCAGCCUGGCCAAGCUCCACUUCCCUGAGGAUGCUGUCUAUGAGGUACAAGACGUGUACAGUGGGAAGACCAUCAGUGGCUUAAAGACAGGAGACAGCUUCUCGGUUGUUAUUAACCCCUCGGGGGUGGUGAUGUGGUAUCUCUAUCCCACGGCGCUCCCGGCACAGGCCUGGCACGUUGUUAGACAACAAGCCCCCGGUGAGGGUUUCCGCCCGGUCCUGCUGUGA